CCCCCUAUUAAUACAGCUCAGCAGCUCACUGCCAUUUCCCAUUCCCACUCAGAAACACAAGCUCAAGCACAAGAAGCACAAUCGCAAGAAGCUCAAGAAGCUGAGGCAAGCAGCGAGCCCAAGAAGAAGAAGAAGAAGAAAGCCAAGAAGGAGAGAGAGAGAGAUGGGAAGCGAAGGCAGCACAAGCCCAGGGGGAGGAGGAGGCGCCGCCUGCGCGGUGUGCGGCGGCGCCGCGGCGGUGUACUGCGCGGCGGACGCUGCGGCGCUCUGCGGCCCCUGCGACGCCGCAGUGCACGCUGCGAACCUUCUGGCGUCGCGCCAUGAGCGCGUGCCCCUUUCCAUGGCCGCCGUGGCGGCUGCGUCCGGCGUGUACGACGACCUCUUCGCGCCCGACGACAUCGACGCAGCGUCGUCGUGGGCGGCCGCGGCGCACGCGAGCCCCCAGAACGGCAGCUCGUCGACAAGCUUCACCACAAGCGACGGCGGCGCCGAGGGCAGGAUGAGCCUGUUCGACCUGCUGUCCGACGUCGACCUCGCGGCGGCCUGUGUCACGGGUGGUGGUGUUGGCGGUUACCUGCCGGACGGCGUGGCGCCCGUCCACCACCACGGCGCUGCACCGCUGUGGGCGCAGCCCGGCCUGCAGGCCGCCGCAUGGACGGCCACGUGGUCUCCGGCCGAUGCCGCGGCCGCGGCCGCUGUCGUCGGCGUCCCGGGCGCCGCUGCCGUGGUCGCCGCGGCGGCGGAGCGGGAGGCGAGGGUGCAGAGGUACCGCGAGAAGCGCAAGAACCGCAAGUUCCAGAAGACCAUCCGCUACGCGUCCCGCAAGGCGUACGCCGAGGCGCGGCCCAGGAUCAAGGGCCGCUUCGUCAAGCGCGCCGGCACCUCCUCCUCCUCCUCCUCGGGCGCCGGCGGCACAUCCGACACCAACGACGCCACGGACGCCGCCUCCAAGUUCUGGCUCUCCUUCUCCGACGACGGCAGGGACGACGGGGUCGGCUUCUACGUGGACGCCGGGGCCUACGGGGUCGUGCCAAGCUUCUAGAACGUUCUUUCCUCCAGACAAACUCACAAGUUGAAGAAAGCCUUGAAGAUUAGGUCGUGUGCCAAGCUUCUGGCAAUGGCGUUCGCCCAGCUUGAAACAAGCUAAGAAAUGGGCGCGCGGCAAUGUCGCCAUCGUUCUUGUUUGUGUCGUGUGUCAUCGUCAUUCAUGUGGGCAGCAUUCGUGGUGAAAUUCCGCCAUCGCUAUUUUUAAAUGAUGGCGCGGAAUUUCCAUGGGACAUCAUCAAUUUGGUGAAGGAACAACUAGGGGAAUUUAUUGUGUGUUGUAAGAUAGCUUAUGUAGACGACGUUCACUGUUAGUUUUUCUUCAUGAAUGCAUUUUCCUAUAUAUAUAUAAGCUAAGAUUAUUAAUUAUAUGAGAAUUUCAUGGAUCCAU